AUGUCGUCCUCACAGGCGAAAGGCCGGGAUUUCAACAAAUGGACCAAAGAAUCGCUGGUAGAGCAUAUCUUACGGCUUGAGAAUGAGCUCAAGAAUCGACCCGCUGAGACGGAAAAGCCUGCCGAAGGAGCCGCUGCCGAGUCUGAGGGACCACUGCCAAAGAGGCAGAAGAGGGAGUUGGACCUGUCAAGGUAUUGCACGCGACUCAUCGCCUUGAAGUUUGCAUACCUUGGCAAGAAUUACAGCGGCUUUGAGUUCACGUCCGGUGGGAAAACACCGUCCAUAGAGGAGGAGAUAUGGAAGGCUUUGCUCACGGCUCGCCUCAUCGCCCCUGAGCGGCCGGAGGAGGUCAACUUCAGCCCCUUCGAGUACUCCAAAUGCGGCCGGACAGAUCGGGGCGUCAGUGCCUUUGGCCAGGUCAUUGGCAUCAGGGUGCGGAGUAGCAAGUUGCGGAGGGUCCAGGCGUCACAAGCGUCCCUCGAGGGCCAAGAGGGCGAGGCUGACGCCGCGGGCGAGGCAUCAGUAGACCCCCAAGCCGAUGAAGACGAUACGCCUCUGCCGGUGGAGGAGGAGAUGGAGUACUGCAAGGUCUUGAACCGUCUGCUGCCUCCAGACAUCAGGAUUUACGCAUGGUGUCCAGUCCCUCCGCCAGAUUUUUCAGCGCGAUUCUCGUGUCGGGAGCGGCAGUACAGAUAUUUCUUCACACUGCCGGCUUUUGCGCCGGUGCCUUCCAGUAUGGAUGAUCAGAAUUCUAGGAAUUUGGUCAAACCCGGUUGGCUAGAUAUCGAGGCCAUGCGAGAGGCGGCUAAGCUUUACGAGGGCCUCCACGACUUCCGGAACUUCUGCAAGGUAGACCCUAGCAAGCAGAUCACAAACUUCGUGCGGCGGAUCUACGAGGCGGACAUAGUUGAGGUAAAAGAUAUCGAUUCAUCCAUACCAUUUCUAUCCGACAGCCAGUUUCGACCCGCGUCGUUAGCCGAGGGAACAUUUCCCAAAGUAUACUAUUUCCACGUCCGUGGCUCCGCGUUCCUCUGGCACCAAAUCCGACACAUGGUAUCCAUACUGUUCCUUGUUGGGCAAGGCCUUGAAUCCCCAUCGGUCGUAAGCGACCUGUUAGACGUCGAGAGAUAUCCUCGGAAACCCAACUAUGUCCUAGCAGACGAUCAACCCCUGGUCCUAUGGGACUGCAUAUUUGGCAGAGAGGGCGAGGAAGGAGAUGACGAUACCUUAGAUUGGGUCUAUGUAGGCCAAGAUGAUGCCGUCAACCUGCACGGCUUCAGGGGCCUGAUAGAUAACCUGUGGGAGACUUGGAGAGAGCGGAAGAUGGACGAGAUCCUGGCCAACCGUCUGCUGGACUGGGUGUUUACAAAGGCAGAUCCGCGUCGGACGGCCGUGUCAAAGAGGAAGCCAACGACGAGUGUGAAGGUUUUCGAGGGCGCCAACUCGGUCAAGCCUUUGGGAAAGUACGUCCCCUUGUCCCAAAAGCACUUUCUGCCAACACCCGAGGAAACCAAUGAUAAGUACGCGCAACGGAAAGGAUUUGCAAAUUCCGAGGAGAUGCGAGCCAGGGGUAACUGGAGAAGCGAGUUGCGUGCCGCGAAGAAAGGUGCUCCGGUAUCAGUGGACGAUGACGCGGAUGAGUGA